GUUGCUGGUUUUGAACCCUAAACGGCUAAAGCAGUAAACAUGUCCAAAAACCCCUCCACUCUUUGAAACGACGGUGAAGCUCACUGAACAUCAUUCUCUCUUCUGUUCCCAGAUUCACUCAAUACAGUAACACUCGAACAUGGACGAUAGCUUAUACGACGAGUUUGGCAACUACAUCGGGCCCGAAAUCGAGUCCGACCGAGAAUCCGACAGAGACAUUGACGACGACGACGAAGAGGAUGAGGAAGACCAAGGUGACCGACGCCACCGUUCCGCCGAAGACGGCGCUACAUCCGAUGGCGAGGCCCAUCCGAACGGCUGGAUCACGACCUCAGGGAACGACGACGUGGAGAUGAUGGACAACCAGGUGGUCCUGGCGGAGGACAAGAAGUACUACCCCACCGCCGAGGAGGUUUACGGCGAAGACGUGGAAACCCUAGUCAUGGACGAAGAUGAGCAGUCUCUGGAACAGUCAAUCAUCAAGCAAGUAAAGAAGAAGGACUUCGAGGUUGGCGUGAAGGACUCUUCAACCUACGUGGCUCCGCAGUUUCUGUUAGGGUUGAUGUCGAACCCUGCGCUUGUGAGGAACGUGGCGCUUAUCGGGCACCUUCAGCAUGGUAAGACGGUGUUCAUGGACAUGCUUGUUGAGCAGACCCACCGUAUGGCCACGUUUGAUGACCAGAGUGAGAAGCAUAUGAGGUACACUGAUACCAGGAAAGAUGAACAGGAGAGAAGGAUUUCAAUUAAGGCCGUUCCAAUGUCGCUCGUGCUUGAGGAUAGUAAUGCCAAGUCGUUUUUGUGUAAUAUUAUGGACACUCCUGGCCAUGUUAAUUUCUCUGAUGAGAUGACUGCGGCUUUGAGGCUCGCUGAUGGUGCCGUUUUGAUCGUCGAUGCUGCUGAAGGAGUCAUGGUAAACACUGAGAGGGCAAUACGCCAUGCAAUCCAGGAGCGGCUGCCUAUAGUUGUUGUAAUCAAUAAGGUUGACAGGCUCAUAACUGAGCUUAAAUUACCCCCAAAAGAUGCUUACCAUAAACUAAGGCAUACACUGGAAGUAAUCAAUAGUCACAUAUCUGCUGCAUCUUCUAUUGCUGGGGAUGUCCAAGUUAUUGAUCCAGUUGCUGGGAACGUUUGUUUUGCAAGUGGCACUGCUGGAUGGUCAUUUACAUUGCAAUCAUUUGCUAAACUGUACGGGAAGGUGCAUGGAAUUCCUCUGGAAGCUAAUAAAUUUGCUUCUCGCCUUUGGGGAGACUACUAUUUUCAUCCAGAUACCAGAACCUUUAAAAAGAAACCCCCUGCCAGUGGAGGUGAACGAUCUUUUGUUGAGUUUGUACUGGAACCACUUUACAAGAUUUAUAGCCAAGUGAUUGGAGAACAUAAAAAGAGUGUAGAGACAACCCUGGCAGAACUUGGAGUUAAACUAAGUAAUGCAGCCUAUAGAUUAAAUGUUAAACCUUUGUUAAGGCUGGCUUGUAAGACAGUCUUUGGUUCAGCUUCUGGUUUUACUGAUAUGCUUGUUCAGCAUAUUCCUUCACCAAAAGAUGCUGCAAUUAAAAAAGUUGAUCAUAUAUAUACUGGGCCUAAAGACUCGAUCAUUUAUAAAUCCAUGGCACAUUGUGAUUCUUCUGGGCCCCUGAUGGUUAAUGUAACCAAAUUGUACCCCAAAUCUGAUUGCAGUGUGUUUGAUGCUUUUGGUAGAGUUUAUAGUGGCAAGAUACAGACAGGACAAACUGUACGUGUUCUAGGAGAAGGAUACUCACCGGAUGAUGAGGAGGACAUGACCGUGAAAGAGGUAACAAAGUUGUGGGUGUAUCAAGCUCGAGAUAGGAUGCCAAUUGCUGAGGCUCCUCCUGGGUCUUGGGUCUUAAUUGAAGGCGUGGAUGCUUCAAUCAUGAAAACUGCCACUCUUUGUAAUGUAGAUUAUGAUGAGGAUGUAUAUAUAUUCCGGCCUCUUCAGUUCAAUACUCUGUCAGUGGUUAAAACAGCUACGGAGCCUUUAAAUCCAAGUGAGUUGCCGAAAAUGGUAGAGGGCCUCAGGAAAAUCAGCAAAAGUUAUCCUCUAGCCAUUACUAAAGUGGAGGAGUCUGGGGAGCACACUAUACUAGGGACUGGUGAGCUGUACUUGGAUUCAAUCAUGAAGGACCUCAGGGAGCUUUAUUCUGAAGUGGAAGUCAAGGUGGCAGAUCCUGUUGUAUCAUUCUGUGAAACUGUUGUCGAGUCGUCUUCAAUGAAAUGUUUUGCCGAGACACCAAAUAAGAAGAACAAAAUAACUAUGAUUGCUGAACCACUAGAAAGAGGUCUUGCUGAGGACAUAGAGAAUGGUGUUGUUAGUGCUGACUGGAAUCGGAAAAAACUAGGUGAAUUCUUUCAGACUAAGUAUGAUUGGGAUCUCCUUGCUGCACGGUCAAUCUGGGCGUUUGGCCCUGAUAAGCAGGGCCCCAAUAUUCUGUUAGAUGACACUCUUCCAACUGAAGUUGACAAGAGCCUGCUGAAUGCUGUCAAGGAUUCCAUUGUUCAGGGAUUUCAGUGGGGUGCACGAGAGGGACCUCUGUGUGAUGAACCCAUCAGAAAUGUUAAAUUCAAGAUUGUUGAUGCAAGAAUUGCUCCUGAGCCACUUCAUAGGGGAUCUGGCCAGUUAAUUCCAACAGCACGACGAGUGGCCUAUUCUUCCUUCCUUAUGGCUACCCCUAGGCUUAUGGAACCAGUAUAUUAUGUGGAGAUUCAAACACCAAUAGAUUGUGUAUCUGCAAUCUACACUGUGUUAUCUCGUAGGCGUGGACAUGUUACUGCUGAUGUUCCUCAACCAGGCACCCCAGCUUAUAUUGUUAAGGCUUUCUUGCCCGUGAUUGAAUCUUUUGGUUUCGAGACAGACCUGAGAUAUCACACUCAAGGUCAAGCAUUUUGCCUCUCUGUUUUUGAUCACUGGGCUAUUGUUCCUGGAGAUCCUCUGGACAAAAGCAUUGUUUUGCGUCCACUUGAACCAGCACCAAUUCAACAUCUUGCUCGUGAGUUUAUGGUGAAAACAAGGCGUAGAAAGGGAAUGAGCGAGGAUGUAAGCAUUAGCAAGUUCUUCGAUGAAGCUAUGAUGGUGGAACUGGCACAGCAGGCAGCAGAUCUUCAUCAACAAAUGAUGUGAUUCUUUAUAAAGUUUUGACAUCACCCUGUGCUAUUUUUCUUAGGAGUUUGGGCAUUAGGCUGUUCCACUGUGAUGUGGAAAUCAAAUAACCAAGGUGAUAAAAGCUAAAUUUUAUGUGCUUUGCUUUGCGAAUCGGUUCCUACUGGAGUAAAGCAUCUGUGCCAUUAAUUUUGUAAUAGUAGGGACCAUCAUACCUGCCCUCUGAAAAUGUUUUUACACACUCCCGGUGAGGGCAUCAUUUGUACAAGAAGUUAAUAUUGAAUGGAUCAUUACUCUGUUAGUGUUGUAGUACUAACACUUUUCCCUUUUCCUUCAAAUCGUAAAAAUUGUAAGAGUGGGCUCAUAUUUGUAUUGUCAAUGCUUACAUAGGAUACAAGAUACCAAAAUUUUUACUUUUCAUUGAAGUUACCGCUAUAGUAAUUUCAGCCUAA